UGUCCGCGUCGCCGGUGGAGGAGGAAGGGAAGGCAGCGCCUGCGCCGGCACCCGCGCGGCGGCGGUUGGUAAGCCCCAGCCCCAGCUCCAGCCGCCUCCGCCUCUCUAAUGGUGAUUCGGAGCUGCUCUUCUUUCCUCCGUGGACUGCUGAUUUCCAGAGCGGCGUGGAGGAGGCAGUACCCCCUCUUCCUGGCUCUCAGGCCUCCUGUCCCGCCGCCGCCCACACGCUUCUCCUCCUCCUCCUCCUCCUCCUCCUCCUCCUCCUCACGGCGCUCCGCCAAGAGAUCCGCCGCAAAGACGCCAAUGGACUCCGCAGCAGCCGGCGAGCCCUUCUACGUCGUCCGCAAGGGGGACGUCAUCGGCAUCUACAAGACCCUCAGCGAGUGCCAAGCUCAAGUCAGCAAUUCGGUUUGCGACCCUUCCGUCACUGUCUUCAAAGGCUACUCUCUGCGCAAAGACACCGAGGAAUAUCUCGCUGCGCGCGGGUUAAGGAACGCCCUCUACGCCAUUGACGCAGCAGAUGCACGAGAUGAAUUGUUCGACGAUCUAGUUCCCUGCCCUUUCCAGCAACCUGAUGCAGCUGCAUCCUCAACUUUGAAAAGGCCACACGAGAUUGAAACUGGACCAUCAAAGAAGCAUCCCAAAGUUGAUGAGCAGGAACCAUUACCUGAUAGUCAUCUCUCUUGUAUUCUUGAAUUUGAUGGUGCUUCUAAGGGAAAUCCUGGGAAAGCAGGUGCUGGAGCAAUAAUAAGGCGGUUAGAUGGUUCUGUGAUUGCUCAACUACGUGAGGGUCUGGGUAUUGCAACCAACAACGCCGCUGAAUAUCGUGCACUGAUCCUGGGGCUGAAAUAUGCAGCCAAAAAAGGAUUCAAGUAUAUCCGUGCUCAAGGAGAUUCUAAGCUUGUCUGUAACCAGGUCCAAGAUCUCUGGCGUGCUAGGAAUGAUAAUAUGGCUGGCUUGUGCAAGAAAGUUAAGGAGCUGAAGGGGACAUUUCAGUUAUUUCAAAUCAGGCAUGUUUUGAGGGAUUACAACUCAGCUGCCGAUGCUCAAGCUAACUUUGCAGUCGAACUUCCUGUCGGUGAAGUUCAAGAGCAGUCAAACUUUCCAUGCUAGUAGCUAUGUUGUGCUCCGGUCUGGUUUGUGCAUCCAUCGCUUAGGCGCUGGGACUGAUUCAUUCAGUUCCCAUUGACAGUAAAGGAAGAGAUAACACAGCAGCUAUAGUCAAAUUUGUAGUGAAUAUGAUAUAUUUGCAGGCUAUUGAACCGGCUGAGUUGAGAUAUUGAGUACAUUUCUAGGAGAUUUAAUCGACUCAAAACUUGUGUAGUGCAUUGGCUGCACUGUAAAGCACCAGUGUUUGCUGAUGUGCCAUGUUUGUAUUCGAAAUAUUAUUAACGAACAAAUCUAGAUCAAUCCGUGCAGCUUGAGACUCUCGAUGCAACAA